AAGCCAUAGCCUUCUUCCUUGUUUGCUGUGCUUGCUCAGAGCAAGGAGGAAACUGAGGUUGUGCAAUGGCGAACACUGUCGUCUCUUCCAUCCGAUCAAAAGCCAGCCAAAUAUUGGGCUCUUUUCAGAGAUGGGCAGUACUCUCGCCAUCUUCAUCAUCGGAUGCACGCAGCAAGAUCUUGAAAGAUCUGAAGAAGCUGGAGAGAACAUUGACAAGGAUCCAGGCAGUGCUCUAUGACGCAGAGGACAGAGAGAUACGGGAGAAAGCCAUCAAUCUCUGGCUGAAGGAGCUUAAAGAAGUUGCUUAUGAAGCGGAAGACGUGCUGGACGAGUACCACUACGAGGAACUGCAAGCCCAAGUGGAAGGCCGAGCUUCCAGGAAGAGGAAGCGAGCGGAAGUGGACGAUGAGGAAGAGGUAAGUGGUUCUCCUUCGACCAUAGUAGUUUCAAUUCCGGAUGGCAUGGGGGAUAGAAUCAGGGAGAUCAGGGAGAGGUUCGAUGAGAUCUCGGAGGAUCGGGAACGCCUCCGUUUAAGAGAGGAAGAUGAAGAGCGGCGGGUACUCGGAGCUGUGUACCCAGCACCUACCAGCCACAUGGUGGAAGAGUGGAGUAUUUAUGGAAGGGAACAAGACAAGCAGAAGGUAAUUGAUUUGUUGUUUUCUGAGGGUAUGGGAAAUGUCAUCUCUGUCAUUCCCAUAGUCGGCAAGGGGGGAUUGGGAAAAACCACCAUCGCCCAGCUGGUUUACAAUGAUUCCAAGGUAAAAGAAUAUUUCGAUCUAACUGGAUGGGUUUGUGUGUCUGAUGAUUUCGAUGUUACAAAGCUAACAAAGGACAUCAUUGAGUCUUUUACUCAACAAUCAUGUGAUCGUCGUACACAACUAAGCAUACUUCAAAAUACUCUCGAGGCAAAUGUGAAGGGAAAGAAAGUGUUGCUCGUGUUGGACGAUGUCUGGAAUGAACAACGAAGCCUUUGGGAGUCUUUAAAAAGACCUCUUGUACUUGGUGCAGGAACAGUAAGAAUUAUUGUGACCUGUAGGAAUGUUUCGGUUGCCGAGAUCAUGCAGACGGUGCAUCCUUAUCAUCCUGGCUACUUAUCUGAAGACGAAUCUUGGUUAUUGUUCAAGCACUACGCAUUUGAUGGUCGAGACUCUGAAGAACAAUCACAGUUGACAGAUGUCGGCGAGCAGAUUGUGGAGAAGUGUUCCGGUUUACCAUUGGCUAUAAAGACAAUUGGAAGCCUUCUGAGAGAAACGACCGAUGAAGAUAGUUGGAAGGAUGUGUUGCAAAGUGAUCUAUGGGAAGUAGACAGGAAUAAUGAGACUUUGGCGGCUCUUAGAAUAAGCUAUAUUCGCAUGCCAGCAUAUCUGAAACCUUGUUUCGUUUAUUGUUCCAUGUUUCCCAAGGAUUAUGUGUUUGAAAAAGACGUUCUAGUCAGAUUGUGGAUGGCGCAAGGCUACAUCCCACUUAGAGAUAGAAGAAGAAUGGAAGAGAUUGGCAAUGAAUAUUUCAUUGACUUGCAAAGAAGAUCAUUCUUUGACUCUGGUAGACCUUUUUAUAUAGAAACAAAAAGAUUGAUCCUUGAUUCUGACGAGAUAUUUAAGAUGCAUGAUUUGAUACAUGAUCUAGCGAAAUCUAUUGCUGGAAAUGAGUGCUGCACAAUUAUGGGUCGGAAGCUACCCAGUUUCCUCAGUAUGGUUCGCCAUUUAUACAUGGAAAAUAAAAAGGAAUUAGUGAAAUCACUGUGCUCGCAUAAUCUUGGGGCUCCACGGACCUUGUUACUAGAAGGUUGGGACCAAAGAAACAAAAGAAUAAUGGUGCCGGAACAUUAUGCAAGAACAUUGGUAUCCGGACGCACGAAACUAGUAGAUCGGACAGCCAAAUUUCACAGAAUAUUCCACAGAGCAACCAAAUUUCCACCACCUCUUCGAACCCAAUUUCCACCACCUCUUCUGGGGACAAGAUGUUUGCGGACUCUACAAAUUGAUUGGGAAAGCGAAGAAGAGUUGCCAGAUUCAAUCGAUAACCUGAAGCACCUACGUUACCUGCAUAUCCGAUCCCAUUGCAUUAAGAGACUCCCUAAAUCAGUAUGCCUCCUUUACCACCUACAGACCUUGAUACUUGAUGGAAGUCUCCUUGAAGAGCUACCGGAUGGCCUAGGUAACCUUAUUGAGCUACGAUACUUUGAGCUACACUCGUAUGUUAUUAAAAGGCUCCCUGAAUUAGUAUGCCGACUUCACAACCUUCGGACAUUGAAACUUUUUUGUCCCCAUCUUGUAGAGUUACCGUAUGGCCUCAGUAGACUUACCAACCUACAAUACUUCGAGCUACGGUCAAAUGUUGUUAAAACUCUGCCUGGAUCAAUUUGUCAGCUCCCCAACCUACAGAUAUUGGAUAUUGGGUUAUGUAAGAAUCUUGUAGAGUUACCUAGUGGCAUAGCAAGCCUUGCUAACCUCCGCUUCCUCAAUACUGCUCGUACUGGAAUUCAGUGCCUGCCAGUUGGGAUCGAGAAACUAACAAUUCCGUGGAUCUUGCAUGGACAAGAAAUUGUGCGGGGUCGGAUAGGAUUGUUGAAGGGCUUGCACAUCCAAGGGACUAUCCUCAUCUCAGGGCUCAGGAACUUGGUCAACAUUGAGGAUGCCAGGGAUGCCAAUCUUAAAUGUAAGCAUAAAAUUGAGCGCUUGUCACUAGCAUGGAACGGACAGCAUGAUCACCUGUUGCUUUGUUUACGUGAUGCCCUACAUAUAGAAGCCAGUCCAGAAGAAAAUAAAGGUGUCCCAAUCGAUGAACAAAAGGAGGAAGCCAUGCUCGAGUACCUCCAACCUCACACCAACCUCAAAAAUUUGCAUAUAGUGGGGUAUGGUGGUUCCCAGUUUCCUAAUUGGGUGGGAAAUCCUUUUUCCUGUGCAUCACUGAAAGAAGUCAGUAUAAAUGGAUGUGAAAACAUAAGGUCCCUUCCUCUAUACAUUCAUAACUCUCUUGGAAAAUUGGAUGCACCCAUGCCACAAUCCGUGCUUGAGAGAGUGCACAUUUUGAGUUGCCGACAGCUUACAUCCAUGGUAGGGUUGCAUACUCUCCGCUGGCUUCAAUAUCUGCGGAUAUACGAUUGUCCUCAGUUGACAUUACUGUCGGGGAUGAAAAACCUUACUUCUCUCAGACAAUUAAUUAUAAAAAAUUGUCCCAACCUAAAGAUCAUGGCAGAAGAUCAGCUCUCAUCUAUGCAUUGUUCUGCGAGUUUGGUCGACUGCCCCGGAUUGGUCAACUGGUGCCGAAUACAGAGAUUCGACUUCAUUAAGGUCGUUUCAGGCAACAAGAUGACAAUUAUAUCAAACACAUGGGAGAGGAUAAAGGAUGAGUUUGAUCGAUCGAUUUCCAUGGAGCAUCGGGAUCCAAUGGGGUACUCGUCGUCUAGGAGCACAAAUGGACCCGUACUUGAAGAGCUGAAAAUAUGGAGUUGCGAGUUACCAGUAUGGUGCCUGAAAUGGGACCGGCCCAGCUGGUUCGAAUCUCUUCGACGCUUGGUUAUAAAGGACUGUUGCGCAAUGCCAUUCCUGCCAGACGUACUACUAGCAUACACACUCAAGUCCUUGGUAGUUGAUAGUUGUGACCUAGGGUCCUUAAAGUUGACACCCAAGAACCGAGAUGCACUUGAGGAGCUGCAGAUUGUGAAUUGCCCCAAGUUCGUACGGUUGCAAGGGCUGAAACACCUUAUCUUCCUAAAGCUCUUAAGAAUAAAGCAAUGCCCUCAACUCCAGCUUUCACAAGAUGAUUGGCUGCUGCCAUCUACUCAUCCACAUGUUGAAAUUGAAGGAGUAUUGGAGACGAAAUUCUAUCCUCCACAUUCAGACACAGAGAACAAAGAAACAAUUGAUGAUGGAACGCAAGAGAAACAAGUGAUGAAGCGUUGGGUGGGAGAACAACAAUCGCAAUUAUGACAAGGACCUCUAUACAAUAAUUGUCCAUUCUCUUAUUUCAUGAUGGUUUAGUAUUGAUGAUUCUACUAUGCUGCAUCCACUGGAGACCCGGGUACUUCAAUGCCAUAGCAACUAUCAUUAGCUGAGCCCCCAGCUGUGAUCUGCCGUCAGAAAAAGUAUUUAGCCAUCACUUUUCCAGAUUCUCAGCCAUUCGAGCCUACUGCAAGCCAGUCAGAUGCUUUGGUGUCAUCUCCAGUAUUAGAUGACACAAUUGAUUGCAACAAUAUGUGUCAAUUCCCAUGGCUUGGGCUUCCUUCUGGUUGCAGCUCGCAGUCUCUGGUACGUAUCAAUGCAGAAUCAUCAGUAUGGAUCGGCACAGGCCUACAAAAUCUAUUUUUUCAAUUUUUUAGCUAAGAAAGAAAUUUUAAGUUUUUUAUUCCUUCUUUACUUUGAUAUAGAAUUGAACAUGUGCGGGCAUGUCUCACAAAAAUACCGUGCUGGUAGCUGUUUGGCAAGGUUAUGGGCACCGAUAUCUAAAUCUUUGGUCAACAUUAACCAAGUUUGAUUGUUGUCAUCUUCCUGGAAAUAAAAUUUUAGUUUCUUAG